GGCUGAAGACCUUCCAAGGAGUCUAGUCGUCUCUGCCUUCGUCAAGCACCUCGCUAACAUACUCGAUGGCUUCUCUUGGUGGACAAGAAGCCUGUCAGAAAAUGCUGACAGCUAGUUUGUCAAGCGAGAGAUACUUUACGAGCUACCCGACCUGCGACGAUAUUUUAGAUGAUUUUGAUGUGUCCAUGUUGGACUGGGAAUGCAGUGGACCGCCUGUCAACGGUGGAGGCUGCUCGCCACACAUGGGCCACUCUCAGGCGGUCAACAGUUCAUAUGCAGGAAACAGUUAUCCCGCCACUGCCAGUCGUGACUGUAGUAACUACGAAAACGACUCUCUGGCCGGAGACACCAUACACGACUCUCAGCUAUGGGACUCCGACAGCACUUACCCGCCGCAGGUUACUACUGCAGCAGAAAGUUGGUCUGCUGCUGGUCCAAACCAGUCUAGGUUUCUACGUCUGUCUCAGACUGCUGGACAGAGACGACGCAAGCUGAAAUUAUACGCAUCGCCUCCACAAAGUGACCCGGAGCUGGAGAAAAGGAGACGCUGUGCAUUACAGGCAUUGAGGAACCGGGACAAAGGCAGUCGGAGGUUGGAGGAGCAGCAACACGCUAAGUUGGACGACGCCAUCACCCAGGAUGUGUCGAGGCUCAAGGAACAGAAGAGCACCAGACAGAAGACCGUAGCAACCCUGCAGGCCUACUUCGACCAGCUCUCUCGCUCAUCCUCUUCCCAACACACUGGUGAAGCCUGAUGAUGCCACUGUCUCCCCUGAUGGUCCAAAGUCAGCGCUCACGGCUGUUUUUCUUCGUGUCAACUGUUACGAAUCGAUAAUACUUUAUUCUGACAUAUUUCAUGAUAAAAGCAAUUAUGUUCCUAUAUUCUUUCCUCGGGUAUUGGGAGAGUAACAUUAUAUUCAUUUGUUUUCUAGUAUGUAAGGUUUGAGUUAACUGGAGCAUGCUGUAGUGAUGUAUGACACUUGUAUGAUAGAUUUUAGUUGAAGUUAAUACAUGUUUAUUCAUGUGGAGAUAGUGGCGUCUCAUGGGAGGGAAUGACCAUAUAUGGUGGAUGUUUCCAAUGAUGCUCACAGU